AUGGAUCGACUUGAUUCGUUAGGCUCAGUAGCUGAAGAACCACAAGUUUUGAACAGUGAAAAGAUAUGCAUGCGGAUCAUUUGUGGAGUUACAAUUGCUUUGAUUAUUAUGGUCAUUCUUUUACCAGCAAUUCUCAUUCUUCUUCGUAGUGGAGAAAUAAAAGAUUCAUCAGAUUCAACAAUACGUCCACCAAUACGACUAAUUAUAACGAAAGCGAUCUCUACACGAUAA